AAAACUUAAUCUAUAGAUGGAUAUUACGAUUACUUUAUCACAUUAAACUUAUCUGUAAGUAAUAUAUCGAAUAGCAAUUAUUCAAAGGACAUUCCAACCACGAAUGCUGUGGUGGUCAGUUUUCUAAGGACACCACAUACAUAUAUCGUAAAAUGGAUUCAGACAACGUGGUGAAUGUGGUUGCGAAUGGAAGUCAUGAGAAUGCAGGAUUUGAUUCUCCGCCGGAGUAUGAUGACAGGUCCAAGAAACCCCCACCAGAGUUCAACGGUACAGAAAAGGAUCUGCCUUCCGACUAUCCGGAAAAAAUUGUAGAUGGAGCUACUCCAGAAGUUGAAAGGCCAACAUGGGACAAUCAAUAUCAGUUCCUCAUGUCCUGUAUCGCCACUUCGGUCGGUCUCGGCAACGUGUGGCGAUUCCCCUUCAUCGCGUAUCAGAAUGGAGGCGGCGCCUUCCUUAUUCCUUACAUCAUCGUGCUUAUACUCAUAGGAAAACCCAUGUACUAUUUAGAAACUGCUCUUGGUCAAUUCAGUAGCAGUAAUUGUGUUAAAGUAUGGGCUUUAUCACCAGCUAUGAAAGGAACGGGUUACGCUCAAGCUCUCAGCGCUUUGUACAUCGUCUCUUACUACAUGUCAAUCGUCGGACUUUGUCUGUACUAUCUGGUAAUGAGCUUCCAAAGUGUUCUUCCGUGGUCUGUGUGCCAACCAGACUGGGUGGACUGCGUUCCCUCUGGAGAGGUAGCCGAUAAUGCGACAAUAAUAGACAAACCCAUAACCAGUGCUCAAUUAUAUUUCCAGAAAACUGUUCUGCGUCAAUCUGAUGGUAUCCAUGAUGGCAUUGGUACACCAAUCUGGGACCUAACUCUAAGUUUAUUUGUAUCCUGGUUAAUUAUCUUCAUAAUCGUCGCAAGAGGUAUCAAAAGUUCUGGAAAAGCUGCCUACUUCCUCGCUUUAUUCCCAUAUGUCGUCAUGCUGAUAUUGCUUAUCAGGGCUGUCACAUUACCCGGCGCUGAUAAAGGAAUAUUAUUCUUCAUUACACCACAGUGGUCAAAAAUCUUGGAAUUGAGGGUGUGGUAUGCAGCUACAACUCAGGUCUUCUUUUCUCUCUCCACAUGUUCCGGUGCUUUGAUCAUGUUCUCCUCAUUCAACAAGUUUACACAGAACGUAUACAGAGACUCAAUGAUUGUGACCACGCUGGACACGUUCACUAGUUUAAUAUCUGGUAUCACCAUCUUCGGUAUUCUGGGGAACCUCGCUUUCCAAACGGGUGAGGACGACAUCAGCAAAAUCAUCACAUCUGGAGGUUCUAGCUUGGCCUUUGUGUCCUACCCAGAUGCUAUUGCACAAUCUCCAUUUGUCCCACAACUCUUCUCUGCCCUGUUCUUCAUAAUGAUGGCUGUACUUGGCGUUGGUUCAGGAGUUGCCUUGUUUUCGACUGUAAACACAAUCUUCCUCGAUGCUUUCCCUAAAGUCCCCACAAUUGUGAUGUCGGCUAUCAUAUGCUCAGCAUGCUUUUUAGUUGGACUUGUUUAUGUUACUCCAGGCGGUCAGUACAUUCUAGAACUGGUUGAUCACUACGGUGGAACUUUCAUGAGACUGUUUGCUGCGAUUGUUGAGAUUAUUGGUGUCUUUUGGAUUUAUGGUUUGGAGAACAUGUGUCUGGAUAUUGAGUUUAUGUUGGGCUUGAAGACUUCGUUCUACUGGCGUAUCUGUUGGGGUAUUGUGACACCACUUAUGAUGAUGACCGUAUUCUUCUACGCUUUGGUAACAACGGAUCAGUUGACUUUCAAUGACUACAUUUAUCCGGAUGGUGCUUACAUUGCUGGCUCGAUGCUUCAGUACUUUGGCAUAGCUUUGGUGCCCAUAUUCAUGGCAGCUACACUAUGGAAAUACAGAACUAGCACCUUCGUUGAGACUGUCAAAUCAUCGUUCAGGGCUAAGAAAACGUAUGGUCCCAGCAUUCCCCGAAAGAAGGAAGAGUGGCGUGAAUUCCGCCGUAAUGCUAAAUAUGAGCGUAAUCUCAUACGCAAGAAUUGGUACCACCACAUAGGCCUAAGCUUAAUAGGAGGCUAUCGUCGAGGCCGUAAAUAGAUCUUAUUAUCUUGAAUGUAAUAUCUCUGUAUUAUAAUAAUUUAUUCGCUUUAACAUCAAUAAUAUUACCUAUAUUAAAUAUUGUUCAAGACUGCUUCAUUUGUCGAGUAGUCACAAUGGACUGCCGAGAAGGGGACUCAAUUCCCGGUCGGGUAGUGUUGUUGGGGUUUUUUAAAUUUCUCAGUAAUACCAGUCUGGAAUUGUGUCCGGUCUAUGGCAAUAGGCGAACUCUCUAUUACAUGACAUGGGACUUGGAAACAACUAGGUAAUGAAAAGUCGAUGUCACAUUGUGAAAAUGUGCAACUUGUGCAACCCUUCGGGCAUUUAACUGCGUGACGACGUUAUGUAACUAACAAGAAAGUGGUUCUUGCAUAACCAAAGUUGGUGUAAGUCUAUAACCUGGUUGUGUUCAACCAGGACAAGUUAAUUAAUACGUUUUUGAUUUCGGAAUUCUCAGUAGUAGCACGGAAUCUUAUUAUUUUUCUUAUAAAUGUGUUGUAUCUUUUUAAAAUAAACAUUAAAAGGUAAUUAGGUCUUUUUUUUAAUCCUGGUUGUACCUACUAUGAUAGAUAAGUACUUGACACGUCUUGACUCACUUGACUCAUGAUGCCUGCGUUGUUAAUCGAGUGGUAGCAAAUGCAAUUGUCAAGCAAGAGGCCCGAGAUUCACUUCCGAUGUAAAGCAAAGUAGGUAAUUUUGAUUUUCCAAAAAAUUCUCAGUAUUAGAUCCUGGAUCCCGUCCAAUUACUUGUGUAUGUACUCAUACGCACACCCACUAUAACUAACGCUCGAAAACUGAACGGCUGCUCAAUUCUGAAUUGUACGUGUAUAUCGUGCAAUCUCUGUCAUUUUACAAAAAAAUUGUAGUGACAGAACUAUACUUAGCGCGACUUAAAAUUGAAUGGCGUUUGAGUAUUUGAUCAUAAGACUUAUAACAAAACUAGUGACCUUGAAAAGUGAAUAUUGCCUACCACUUCUAAGAAUGACACUAGUUUAGAAUGAGCUUUGCCAUAAAAUGAUACUGGUAAAAUUGUAAAUGAAACAAUCUAAUAGUGCAAAGAUUUAAAAAACUUGAUACUUUAGAACUGUUUAAAACAGUCGAAGUAAAGAUCACUCACUUCUUCAACCAUAAAGGGACAAUGUUUAUCUCGUUUUUAUCUUGGCUUAUUAUUAUAAGCAUAACACCUGUCCAUUUAAUGUAGCCAAGUUAACCUUCAACAUAGAUACAUGUACUUACGUAAAUUAAAACAAAAAUAUAAUUACUAUAAGCUUUUAUUUGUAUUACUCAGAAUUUUACAUAAGUAAGUUUAUUAAAAUAUCUGACUCAACCCCCUAACUAAAAAGAGUUUCAAACUAAUGUAUAUGUAACUGACAAAAACACCAGAAACUUAUUUACAUUUAUUACCAACUUAUCUACAUAAGUCAUCAAUAAUAAACAAAAAUAAUGUAUGCAAUAUACAAACAAGGGAAAGUAUGCUUUACUUAUGUUUAGAUUUCUUUUUCUUCUUACUAGAUUUUUUCUUAUGCUUACGCUUUUUUUUCUUUUUCUUGUGAUCAUCGGAACUGGAUUCAGACUCACUUUCGCUUUCACUUGCAGCUCGCUUUUUCUUUUUCUUACUGCGUUUCUUCUUCUUCUUACGUUUGCGAGCAUCAGAUGACGAGGACGACGAUGAAUAUUCUGAGUCGCUAGUAGAUUCACUCUCCGAAUCAUGUUUCUUUUUGACAUUGGUCAAAUCUAAUUUUAUAGUGUCAUUGUCAAGUUUAGCUUUUUUAGUUUCACUCACAUCAGCCGGUGAUGCUGAACGUUCCCGUUUUUUGGGAUUUUCUUCUUUCUGUUCAUGGUCAGAUUCUACAUUUUCGUCAUAAUCUGGUUCGAAAUGGGCUUCAUCCAAAGUGGAUUUUUUCCUCUCACGAUCGGUAUGUUUCCCUUCGGAUACAUUUUUCUCCUGACCUCGAUCGCGAUUAACGUUGUUUUCAUUUAUGUUUGUCUUUUUAUCUUCUUUAGAAUAUUUCUUUUCAUUGGGACUUCGCGCUCGAUGUUUUUCAGUUUUUACUGCUUCAGACAUCAACCGCCUUUCGUUUUUAACCAUUUCUAUUCUAGGAGCCUCCUGUUUUCGACCCCUUUCUCUUUCCACUGUCACUCGUCUAUAAGGCUGUUCCCGCUUAGGAGUUUUGGAUCUUGACUUAACACGUUCUACAGUACUUUGUACAAUACGCGUUUCUCUACCCCUUCGGGAUUCCUCUACCUUCCCGCCGAGUCGUUCUUUAACGGAUAAACGAGGCGGUGGAGUUUUUGAGUAUCUCUUCUUCUUUUCGUUAAUUUCAAUUGACCUCGGUUCGGAAUCAGUUACCGGGACCGUAAUUUGUAUAUUAUUCAUUGGUGGUUUUUGUCCUUCGUCAUCGUAAAGUUUGAGACGAUCAGUACUGAUCUUUUUAAUUUCUAUAGGUCUCAAUGAAGUUAUUGCUUUGGCAAAUAUAGCUUUUUCAGCGCGUUUAAUUACAUCAGAUGUAACUUUGCUCCCAUCUUCUUCUUCUUCUGGAGAAGUUAUCUCUCCUGGUUCUUUAGCCUUUUCUACGUUAUCUUCAUCUACUUCCCACUUGGAUAAUUCAGGCAAUGUUGCUAACAUCUCCUUGUUUGUUGGAUUAGAUACUUCAGUAUCAACCUUUAAAUCUAAUUCGUCUGCAUUGGCUUGAAGCUCGAUACCGUCAAACGGUUCUUCUUUAGAAUUGUUUACAUUAUCUGAAUUAUUUAUACUAUCUUCUAGUGCCCCUUUUUCUUCAGUUUUAACAUAAUUUUCUAUAAUUUCUUUGUCAACAGCUUCUGAAGCUUCAUCGCCGUAUAAAUCAUCAGCCGGUUUCUCCGGAGAUUGUAUUUUAGGAGAUUUUUCCCUAUUUAUUAAAACUGUAUCAGCAUUCACAUUGUCUAUUUUAACAUCGGCUGGUUUAUCAAUAUCUGUUUUAUUCAAUUCAUUGCCAGUUUUUUUAUUCACUUCCUCCUUUUCAGGUUCAUCGUCCUCCUUUUUCACGUGAUCCUUAUCCUUUUUAUCUUUUUUAUCACGUUUCUUUUUCUUUUCGGUAUCUUUUUCCUUUUCACGCUUCUUUUUCUUUCGAUCUUUAAGUUUCUUUUCUUUUUCUUUGUGAUCCCUGUUUCGAUCUGCAGAAGAUUUGUCUCGAGUUCUUUCUUCUUUUUUCUCCCUUCUACUAUCACGAUCACGAGAACGUCCUCUAGACUCACUACGUUUCUUCUCACGUGCUUCCCUACUCCGCUUUGGUGAGACUCUAACUUUUUUGUCUGGAGUUGUCUUAUCAUGUUCACGUUCUUUUUCAUGAUCCCGAACUCUUUCAUAUUCUCUAGCUCGAUCUUCACGAGCAUCGCGAGGCUUGUCGUAUCCUGCUCUCCUGUCAGAAUCUCGAGUUCUCUCUGUUUUUUCUGUUGGCUCUCGAUUGUCAUUGUAUCUUUCUCUAUCACGAACAUCUCGGUCUCUGUGUCUGUCAUGUUCGACAUUAGCAUUUCGUCUUGGAGCAGCCCUGUUCCGAACAUUAUUUCUAAAACCAGGACGAUUAAGGCCUCGAGAAGCAGCGUUUUCCUCUCUGAAAUUAUCGCGAUAAUUUGGAUCAUGAUAGUUAAUGGGUCCUGGCUCUCGAGGAUCUGCACUAGGUGGUCUGAAAGGAGCUGUUGGCUCACGAAAACUAUUAUGAGGCGGAUUAUCACGGAACCCACCUUCCCUGUAAGGAGCAUUUCGGUAAGUGCCAUCACGGAAUGGAGGCGGUCCCCCUCUAAAGUUAGGGUCACGAUAUGACCCAGGUGGUCCAGGCUCUCGGUAUGUUUGGCCUUCCCUGAAUGGCAUGGGCGGUUGGUCACGGUAAUGACCUGGUCUAUAAUUGUCUCUAUACCGUGGCGGCUGCUCACCUACGUGAACUGGAAUUUCAUUCGGUACAGGUGGUGGUAUUGACAUAUCCCUGUAACUUGUAGGGCCUUCAUUGUAAGGAGGCGGUCGAUAAGGAUCUCUAUAAUUCGGUGGAGGCAAACGCUCACGGUCAAUUGGUCCAGACGGACCAAAUGGUGGUUUUUCAAAAGGUGACGGCUCAAAUCCAGGAACGGGUGGUUCAACACCGGGUGGAAUUUCUUCAAACGGAGGAGCAUCAUAACGACCACGAUAACCUGGUUGUUCAGGUGGGACGUUCAUGUUACUCAUUGGAGGCAUCUGCUUCACCCCCAUCGGUGGAUAUCCAGGAGGUGGCACACUGCUUCUUGGUCCAUAUCUGA